AUCCAUCCUCCACAACCUGCACCAACCAUAAAAGAAAAUUUAAGUGAAACGGGUCGACCAAAGGCCCAGAUCGCGAAGAAUAUCAUCCACAAAGCUCCAGUGACUCUAGAAAAGAGAAAAAAGAGACACCAAAUGCUAGAGGAUUUUAUCAGUGAAGGUAAUAUAGGAAAGCCUAUGGAUGUAAGCAAAAUGAGAUUGUAGGGGAUAACUACCAUAAGACCAAUAAAUACAACCAAGAAUUACAAGCAGCCACAACCAAGAUUGAUCAUAAAAGGACAAGGAAAAGUUCCUUAUUGUAUGUAGUUCCCGUCUUAGAGGGUCAAUGAGGAGCACAUGAUUACAAUGUGGAAUAACAUGAACAAAAAAAUUGCGACAGUAACCUGGUGAGCGCGACAUA